AUGGCGGACGGUGGGGACGAUACUCCCACACUUUCGGUCAUCCCCUACGACAAUAACCGCGAUGUAGUGCUCCGUCACGCACAUGCUAUUGUAUACCGGGACCCGCAGACGAACCAGCUGGUACCAUUUCACCACCAUCAAGAUGUCGGUCGGCCGUCAUCUGACUGUCCAACGUGUGGCCGGCCGUGGCAUCCUCAAGGAGGCUCCUCAUCACAGGAGUCGGGGGGGAGUCCAAUGGAAGAUCAGCCGAGUUUCAUCACUCACGAUUAUUUUGAGAUGUUGGCUCGAAGUCUUCCUGGUUCCAACGACACAUCGGGCUCUCCACCUCCACGACGCCGCAUCGUGCAGCCUGUUCGUUCUCGACUUCAUUCGCCAUCUACAGCUUCCAGUCGGCCUCCGAAUGCUGAAUUUGUCGCCAGUACUCCUGCUCCUCCCACCCAAGCUCAUGGCAUCUCCGAGACCGCUUUUUCGCCACACUACUUUGAGAAAUUCUUCGUCGAGGAGAGAGAGCUGGGACGAGGCGGACGAGGCGUGGUCCUCUUGGUCAAACACGUCUUGGAUGGCGUCACCCUGGGCCACUUUGCUUGUAAACGUGUUCCCAUCGGGGAUGACCACGCGUGGCUAGAGAAAGUGCUUGUCGAGGUGCAGCUCUUGCAAGGUUUGUCGCAUCAGAACCUGGUCUCCUAUCGGCAUGUCUGGCUGGAAGACUAUCAGAUCAGCACAUUCGGACCCAGUGUUCCGUGCGCAUUCAUUCUCCAGCAAUAUUGCAACGGCGGUGAUAUGCACAAUUACGUCCUCGGAUCAGCCCAGGCGUCCACAACCACCCAAGAGCUCAAAGAACGUAUCCGUCGGCGUUCCAGAGGGGAAUCGGAACUGCCCCGACGACCCAAGGAACCCAAAAAGCUUUCCUUCGAUGAAAUCUACAAUUUCUUCCGAGAUAUCACUUCAGGCUUGCGAUUCCUCCACCACAACAAUUUCAUCCAUCGAGAUCUGAAACCGAGGAACUGCCUCUUGCACACCGUGGGCGGCGAGACGAGAGUCCUCGUCAGUGAUUUCGGUGAAGUUCAAUACGAAUACGCCAUCCGCAAAUCCACUGGUGCAACGGGAACCAUUUCGUACUGUGCCCCCGAAGUCCUUCGACGAAUCUCUCCCGGCGGACCGUUUGAAAAUUUUACAUCCAAGUCGGACAUCUUCUCCUUAGGCAUGAUCCUUCAUUUCCUCUGUUUCGCAAAUCUUCCCUACAGAUACGCCGAUGUUCUCCACGAGGAACGCGAAGACAUCGAUGAGCUGAGAGCGGAGAUCAUGGGCUGGGAAGGCUUUGACGACCAGCGGAAACAACGACCCGAAUUACCAGCGGCCCUCUACGCGUUCCUCAAACGUCUUCUCUCCCUCAACCCGGAGCAACGACCGAGUGCCGACGACGUUCUCCAGGUCGUCUCGUCCGGUCGACUGGACGACAUUCCCGCUGCGAGAAGGCGGAAUUCCAUCGACCCGGAAGAACUAACGCCGGGCCGACGGAUUCAGAAGCUCGACUCCCCUCAGAAAGGCAACUCUCCUCAACGCGGCAUGGGCCUAGAAAUGGGUCCCAAGUCCACACGCUCGCACUUCCGCGGACCGAGGUCCGGCUCGACAGAGCGACACAGCAAAACCGACGCUGGAUCCAUGGACCACGGCUACUCGAGCGGCAGCGAACGGGACCGAAACCGGGCGUCACGAACGGCCGAUUCCUCAUCUUCAUCUAGGUCACACGCCUAUCCAAGUCUGAAGACGGAUAACACAAUCAUCCUGCGCUCCAAUCACGCCUCAUCCUCACUCCCAGGCUCACCUUUGCAGAAAUCCCCCGUGGCCUCCUCACCCGUGAGGCCACAACAAUUGCUCAUCGAGUCUGCGCAACCGCAGCAGAACACUCAAGGGUUCAUGUUAGUGUUCGCCGAACAAUUCCGCUCUGCCCUCACGGUGCCGGUGACCUCAAGCUCCACCCGCGUCGCGAUUCUCGCCAUCAAACUCAUCAGCACGCUCCAACCGUGUCUCGCCACCGGCAUGAACGCCCUCGUUGUCUACCCCAUCCUCUUUCUCGCGCUCCUGGAAUUCUCAAUCCCCGAAGUGCAUGUGUGGAAAGCUGCAGGGGCGAUGGUAGCACAUUUUGCUCUCCUGGCCCUGGCGUUUAGGGCCGAGGUGCUCUGUCGGAGCACUCAUAGCUGGAUGGCGUGGGAUAACUGA